ACCCCGCCUUCCAGCCCCAGACGGGAUCCCUCGAGGCCCCGUCCUCUAAAGAUCCCCCGCUGUCUGGAAACUUCGCGCCUAUGGAGACCUCACCGCCAAGACCUUGGCCUGAGCCCCCAAGGCUCCCGAGCACCUGCCUGAAGGAGACAACCAACCCUGGAGGGUCACCCCAUCGCGGGGCAUUGCUAGGCCAGACCACACUGCCCAACCUGAGCGCAGGAGACCUGCCAGCCUCUUUCCUUGGAUCUCAGAGGACCAGCCCUCCAUUUCGACUGAGUCUAAAUAAGGACUUUCUGCAGUUCCCUUCAGAGGAAGGAUUCUUCUGUGGUAGUACAACUCCCAGCAUACCUUUCGCCAGGGCCAUUCUCCACUGGGUGUGUCUUCUGGUGGUAAAUCUGCUGAAAUCCCAGAUCCGGAUUUCGCAACCUCACACAGAGACGGAAAAACUUUGUUUGCUUUCAAGAUCUGACUUCCUUCUGAAACCCAGGCCGUUUAUGAGAAACUGUAUUUUUGUAGCAGGUUGUACAGAAGUGAACUUUCUCUUCCCGGCAUCAGACUUGCUUGUCUUAAAGGUUUUUUUUUUUUUUUUUCCUCUUGGACUGAAAGAAAAUUCUUCUGAAUCAGAAAUGGACUGAUAUCGAAUACAACAGAGAUUGGGGGUGCCCCAGCCCUGCAGGGAGGGGCUCUUUGACUGAGCACCUAUGUUUUCUCUGCAGACGGGGACCCUUGACUCAGCGGCCAUGAUGGAUCAAAAGGCUGUGGCUGCCCUCCUGCAGGAAUGCAAGCAGUUACUGGCCCAGCUCUCAGGGGAACCUCUCCCAGCGCAGGACCAGGUCACAGAAGAGGGUCAGUUGUGCAGAGCUGCCCUGCCUGCUGAGCUGAAGACACUGAUCCAGGAGGCCAAAGCCAUGGCAUGGCCCUUCGUGCCUGAGAAGUGGCAGUACAAGCGGGCUGUGGGCCCCCAGGACAGAGUCAACCUUCAGGACGCUGUGGGCGCUGGGCUGCAGCCACUGCUGGCAUGCCUCAAAGCCUCCAUCCUCGCUGGGGACUGUGCCACGGCUGCCGCCGUUGUGUUCCUGAGCGAUCGCUUCCUGUAUGGGCUGGAUGCAUCCGGGCCGUUGCUCCAGGUGGCCAAGGGCCUACACAGGUGGCAGCCGGCCACGCCCAUCGCCCCGCAGGUCGUCAUCCGCCAGGCACGGUUAGCCGUGCACUCAGGAAAACUUCUCAAAGCAGAGUAUAUCCUGAGCAGCCUGAUAAGCAACAACGGAGCCACAGGCACAUGGCUGUACAGAAGUGAGAGCGACAAGGUGCUGGUGCAGUCAGUCUGCAUCCAGAUCAGAGGACAGAUUCUGCAGAAGCUUGGGAUGUGGUGCGAAGCCGCAGAGUUGGUCUGGGCCUCAAUCAUAGGAUACUUGACGCUUCCGCUGCCAGAUAAAAAGGGCAUCUCCAUGUCCCUAGGAAUCCUGGCGGACAUCUUCGUCUCCAUGAGCGAGAAGGAUUAUGAAAAAUUUAGAAACAAUUCACAUAUUAGCCUGGGUUUGCUCAAGUACUUGGACCACCAUUUGCUGUCAGCUGCAGAAGCCUGCAAGCUGGCCGCCGCAUUCAGUCCUUACACACCCCUCUUCGUGCUCACAGCUAUGAACAUCCGGGGCACCUGCUUGCUGUCCUAUAGCAGCUCCAGCAACUGUCCCCCUGGACUGAAAACUCGCUACCUAUGUGAUGCCAAAGAGGCCUUCGAGAUCGGCCUCCUCACCAGGAGGCAGGGUGAGCCGGUGACUGGGAAGCAGGAGCUCCACAGCUUCCUCAAAGCCGCCUUCGGCCUGGCCACAGCACAGCGAAGGCUCCAGGGUGACACCGAACAGGUACAGGCAGCGCUUGGGCUCUGCUGCACUGCCAUGUUGACGCUCUACGCCGUCAGCACUUCCGCCGGAAGUCAGGAGCGGGAGGCCUUGGCUCAGGACAUCAUGGCCGCCAUCGGCCAGGUUAAGGCGCUCUUCCAAGUCCAGGCCUUCUCCAAUGCAGACGCCGGGUCUUAUGUUCCCGAGGGUUUCCAGUGUGGUUUGGAUCAGCCCGUCUCACGGGGGCAAGUGGAUUUCCAGAAAGUCCUGGAGGUCCACUCCCAGCACCACAUCUCCGUGUGCGAGGUGUUUGAAAGCAAGUGUGGAAACCACUGGCACCAACAAGAAGAGAUGAAUUCCGGGGUGUGCAUCACCACUCUGAGAACAGAAACAGAGAUCCCAGACCCCCGGGAAGGUGUCAGGCAACCUUCUCUCCAGGGAGCCCAGGAGAGAGUGGAGAAACUCAGGAGGACCAGAAGGAGCAAGUGGGAAGGCACUGAGGCCUUCCGAUCCAUGGACCAGAAUGCAGAGAGUGAGGCGGGGUCCCCAGACCUCGGCCCUGCUCAGAGGACCGCUUUGAACACUUCUCUGAGUGGCAGCCAGAGCUCCGGGUCCUGGAGCAGGUUGUCCAGCUUAAGUUCAAGUUGGGAAGAAGUGGCCUGUCAUGUUGAUGACCAGAAAAGAGCCAAGUCAAGUCAAGAGGAAGGUGCGGUGGACGCUCAGUGUCCCACUGCUCUGCCUGAGUGGCCGCAGGACAAGGGAGAAGACAAAAUACAAUGGCCACUGUCUUCAGAGCCACCUGGCCUAUCCGGCCAGGCCUCAGAAGUGGGCAACGCAGAGUCUCUUCAGAAUCCACUCUGCACACAGAGGCUGCCCACCACCCUCCCUUCUCAGAGCCCAGCAGACAUUUUCUCAGCCCCAGGGCUGGUAGAAGGAGCAGGGGCAGAACAGGAGGCUAAGAGAGUGAUGAACUGCCAGAGUCCUUCAGCCCCUGUGUCCCCUGCUCAUUCAGGCUGGUCUGAGAAGCUGGCAGCCUGUCCUUCACUAGAAGAGGGAGAAACCUUUGAGAUGGUUGAUGCAUUUGUAGACCUCAGAUGUGAUGCCACAGGCAGGCAUGGAGGAGAAGACAAUGGGCAAGGUCACCAGGGAGGUCGAGGCCACCUUUCCUGGGUGGAUCCUGAAGUAGAAACAGCAGAAAGCACAGAGGAUCAACCCUCUAGCUCCCACGGGGCCUUAAAUGAGCCCCUAGGGGACAGGCCUAUGAUGACACAGCACUCUGGCCAUCCUCGAUGGCAGGCUCACCGUCCUGACUCAGGAGAGGGCAGUGGCUCAGUCAGACAGCAGGCUGUGGACCCUGAGGCCCCCACGGUGGAUGAGGAAGGGUCUGAGCCAGGCAGCACAGAGUUUCAAAACCCCACAAGUCCACAUGCAUCUCAUAGGCUUGGAGCUCAGAGGCCUGGUUGUGGGGCUGAGACCCUCCAUUCCUCUGUAACCAACAGCACACCCUCCCCCAGUGCCAGUGAGGACUGUGCCACCACAGAGGAAGGCAGCUCGCCAGUAGACUUACUCAACUGCAGCCUGAACUCCAGCUCAGUCUCCUCCUUGUCCUCAUCGUGGCAGCUGAGGUCUGCCAUAUUUUCAAAGGGUUCUUCUGUGGGUGAAAGCCCAUGGUCCCUCCUGAAUUCCAGCAGCAGCAGCAGUGCUUCUAUUUCCAGGCUGGGGGUGAGCCAGCAGGAGCUCCUGGAGGCUCGCACGCUGCAGCCUCAGGACCUGGAGAAGCUCCUAGCAGGCGUGUCGCACAGCUGGCUUUUCCAGAGACUAAAAGGCACAGGGGUCUUUAAGCCUAGCCAGCUGCGGCAAGCACACGGUGCUCUCUUAUUAAAAUAUUCCAAGAAAUCUGAAUUGUGGACCGCCCAGGAAACAAUUGUUUACUUAGGGGACUACCUGGAAGUAAAGAAGAAAGGCAGACAAAGGAAUGCUUUCUGGGUUUAUCAUCUUCAUCAAGAGGAAACUCUGGGGAGGUAUGUCGGGAAGGAGUAUAAGCAGCAGAAGGGGCUCUGGAGCCACUUCACUGACGUGGAAAGGCAGAUGACCGCACAGCACUACGUGAUGGAAUUCAACAAGAGACUCUAUGAGCAGAAGAUUCCCACACAGAUAUUCUACAUCCCAUCCACCAUCCUGCUGAUUUUGGAGGGCAGGACGAUAAAGGGGUGCAUCAGUGUGGAGCCCUACAUUCUGGGGGAUUUUGUAAAACUCUCAAAUAACACCGAUGUGGUGAAAACAGAGUACAAGGCCACAGAAUACGGCUUGGCUUACGGCCACUUCUCUUACGAGUUUUCCAAUCACAGAGAUAUUGUGGUGGAUUUACAAGGCUGGGUGACGGGAAAUGGAAAAGGCCUCAUCUACCUCACUGAUCCCCAGAUUCACUCACUGGAUCAGAAAGAGAUCCCCACCAAUUUUGGGAAGAGGGGCAUCUUUUACUUCUUCAAUAACCAGCAUCAGGAGUGCAAUGUGAUCUGCCACCGCCUCUCCUUGGCCAGACCUACCCUGGAGGAGCUCGGACAAAAGCAUUCCCCUUGAGCAGUAAGUGGGAGCUUUCCAGAAGCUGACAACUGUGGGCUUAGCUCUCGGUGGUGUACCAGACGACUGAGGAAGAAGAGAGAAUAUUCGGGGCAUCUAUGCAUUGCACCUUUACGGCAGAAGAUGAGACCAAAAAGACUCCAUCCAGGAAACCUGCUCAGUGUUUGUCCACGCCUCUGUGGUCUGCCGUGACAAGUUCACCAGCUUAUUGUCUCACUGCUUGGGUCAUUGAUUUAAAUAUGGAGAGACAAAUGAGUGCCCCAGGCCCUGGCACUGGCCUCUUCCUGGGAGUUGGUUACAAACUUUGCAGCCUGAGUAUUAAGCCACUAACAUUUAUUCACCCCAUUGUGUGGUCCACAGAGCAAUAAUUUAUUAAACUGAUCUUACAGAAAACAACACAGUGGUAGGUUGAGUUACUGCCUCUUGUGUAUCCAAACAAAACAAAUACUGAUCUGAGUCCUGAAAAUCAUGUUUUUAAACCACUGGAUUUGCAGCUAAGGUCUGUGUGCUGGUCAACAGUGAAAUUUAAAAGAGGACAGGAAUAACUACUCCUGUUUAAGUACAGAUUAAUAAACACAUGCAUCACCACUGACGUCAGAAAAAUCCACUUUUUCCUAAUUAAAAUGUUCUAAAAGCUCCAA